GUAGAGUAGAGUGCAACUGCGUGGUGAUUAUUCGCAGGGCGUGUUAUCACUACUAUGUUUUCAUGUUAUGGCGAUAAAUGCCGUUGUGGAAUUUGUGAGGUUUUGUCAGUUUCCUCUCAAUUUAAUGUUACCCCGUUCCUCUUUUUUGUGAACUAAAGUUUAUGUGGUUGAGUCCAAUGAUUCUAACUGCUUGUCAAGUGAUAUUUUCUUCAGGAUAGGAACUUCAUUUAUACCCCUGAUUUGGUUAAGGAACACAGUUGGCAUUUCAGGUUAUUUUCUCAUCCAUUCUGGCACAUAGGACCUAGUAAGUGGCUAGUCUUUGCGUGUCUGCUAUCUCAUACCUUCUUAUCAUGAGAUUAUCAAAGAUAUGACCUGCGCCUCCCUCUGAUCUUACCACAAAGAGAGUCGGAGUUAUUGUGUUAAUGAAGACGUUUUGAUUUACGGAGAGCUGCGUUACGCUCAUUCUCAAAUUUGUAAGAAAGAAUGCCGAAGACAUCUUUAAACAGUCACCAGGAAAAGGUAGAUGGGUACAAAUGUGAAAUCUGUUCACUAACAUUACCUCGCCUACAUUCACUUCGCGUUCAUCUUAGAGAUGUCCACCAAGAAAAUGCGUUUCAAUGUGAAACGUGUGAAGAAAGGCUCCCAUCACGCUCUUUGCUGAAGUCACAUGCCAAGAAACAUCUAAUGGGAAAUAUUAAAGGAGAUACAUCUCUUUCUAAUGUGCAUGCUAGUCUUAAAAAUCUACACCCACCAAAACGAAAACGUAUAAAUGUGAAACCUGUCAAGAAUGUGCUGCAGUCUCGCCAAAAAUGUAUAUUAAAGGAUCUGAGCAGUGUGCAACGCAGCUGCAAGGCCAAGAAAUUUGUUGACGGUGUAACAAAUGUUUCUAAUAUGACACCAGAAUGCAUGGUUUCUGAAACUGAUCCGUUAGAAAGUCAAGAAUGUCAUGAUAACAAUGCACCUUUUGUUUUGAGUGACCCCACUGCUGCAAAAGAUAUGAUCUCGGAUAUGAUAUGCAUCCCCAAAGAGUACCUUUUGAUGGAGUUUAAACAGGAGGGAGACUCUUAUGAUGCACCCAAUACCCCUGGUAUAAUUGUCUCAAAUAGUGAUGACAUUUCAGUUAACACUUCCCAUGUUCCCCCUGUAUCAGGUGAUGAGCAAAAUAUGACAGAAAUGAUAGAAGUCUUGAAAGUUGAUGUAAACAAUGAAACAGUGGAUGAAAGUAGUCGUACAGAACUAAAUGAAGAUGUCGAAGUCAUUGGAAGUGACAAUAGUAUGAAACAAGAACUACCUAAUAAUGAUUCAGAACCUGUUCCUAGUUGUUUGCUAGCCUGUUCUCUCUGUAACGAAACUUUUUCAGAUGAAAUUUCACUUGCAACACAUGAAUCUUUGCAUGACAGGCUAUCUUCAAGUGAUGGAGAUGGACACGAGAGUGAUAAUGAACAGGAUUCAAACUUGGGUAUGCAAAGCCAUGACUACCUCUCAAAGUUGAAGGGUACAGGAGAAUUUACUUGUGAUAAAUGCCCAAUAUCUUUUCCUCGGCAACAUAUGCUGAAAAUGCAUGCUUUCAAAAUUCAUGGUGAUAAUCCCUUCCAGUGUCUUAUUUGUGAGGAAAGAUGCCCAACUCGACGGUCACUUACCCAGCAUAAACAAGUUCAUGUGGUGGAUGGUGCUUUCAAAUGUGAAACUUGUGGUGUAAGUCAAGCAAAGUAUUCAAACUUUCUACGUCAUUUGAAACUGCAUUCUGGUACAAGAGACUACACUUGUGAAUGGUGUGGUCAGUCAUUCACAACAUCUACAGUGUUAAUACGGCACCGCCGUAGGCAUACUGGAGAGAAACCUUACUCUUGUGAUGUAUGUGGAGAACGUUUUGCAAGGCUGUAUGGUCUGAAAGUUCAUCAAAGCAAGCAUGUAGGAAGAAGUUAUUUUUGUACUGAAGAAAACUGCUCAAAGGGUUUUUAUUCCAAAUCGGCUCUUAACAAUCAUCUGAAGUCACAUCUUCCUGAAAGACCAUAUAAAUGUGUGGCAUGUGGCUGUGGCUUUUACAUGAGUUCACAUUACAAGGACCAUCUAAGAAAACAUACUGGUGAAAAACCAUUUGUGUGUGAAGUAUGUCGUAAAUCAUUUGCCCGAAAAGCAGAGCUAGUUGUGCACGUUCGUGUUCAUACUGGUGAACGACCCUAUGUUUGCAGCGAUUGUGAUAAGGCGUUUAGCUCUCUCACUGCAUUGAAGCACCAUUCACUAACCCAUACUAGAAGCAGAGAAAAUAAAUGUAAUGAAUGUGGGAGGGUUUUCAAAAAUAAAGGUGCCCUUAAGAGACAUGUUAAAUGUACACAUAAUUCCAACAGUUCUGAUGAAAGUGGUGAUUCAUUCUCUUUAUACUUAAGUGAUGAGGAAGAGGAAAAUAAUGUUGACUCUCCUGAAAGUCUUACAGAGGGUGGAGAACCUGAAAACCAUGAUAAAUGUGUGGACAGUGAGAAAGGUGAAGUUGACAAGGUCUAGAAUUUUAAUGAAUAGAUAUGAUAAUAAUGAUUUGUAAGGGUGGUGCACAGGUAUCACAUUGUAACUGAGGAGUGUAUAGUAUUUCUGCCCCACCUAAUAUUUUGAAUCAGCUUCUUGCUGUUUCAAAUUUUUGUGAUAAAACUAGCUUGCAGUACAAGAAAUUAUUUUAGGUCAGUAUCAUUCAUUUUAUUUGCAAAAUUUGUACAAAGUAUAUAUUAAUGUAAUGGUAUUUUCAUCUCAAUAAAGCAUAUACAAACAAAUA